CCCAAAUUUUGUCAACAAUCAACAAACGAAUCAAACGAUUUUUGAUUUUUUAUUUAUUUAAUCUGCCAGAUCACUAAAGAAUGUCUUCUGAGCUUGAUAAUUGGAUUGAAAUAGCAAAAGAGUGUAAAUACCUUCCCGAAAACGAUUUGAAAAAGUUAUGUGAUAUCGUGUGCAGUAUUUUAUUAGAAGAAUCGAACGUACAACCUGUUUCCACUCCAGUGACCGUUUGUGGAGAUAUCCAUGGACAGUUUUACGAUUUAGAAGAGCUUUUCAGAAGAGGUGGACAAGUGCCUGAAACAAACUAUGUUUUUCUUGGAGAUUUUGUUGAUAGGGGUUAUUACAGUUUGGAAACGUUCACAAGACUGCUCACUCUCAAAGCCAAGUACCCUGAUAAAAUAACGUUACUAAGGGGCAACCAUGAAAGUCGGCAAAUAACCCAGGUAUAUGGAUUCUAUGAUGAAUGUAUGACAAAGUAUGGAAAUAUAAAUGCCUGGAAGUAUUGUUGUGCUGUUUUUGACCUUCUCACUGUUGCUGCUUUGAUAGAUGAGAAAAUACUGUGUGUACAUGGUGGUCUGAGUCCUGAUAUAAAAACCUUAGAUCAAAUCAGAAUAUUGGAAAGGAAUCAAGAAAUUCCACACAAAGGUGCUUUCUGUGAUUUGGUAUGGUCUGACCCAGAAGAAGUAGAUGCCUGGGCAACUAGUCCAAGAGGAGCUGGUUAUCUGUUUGGAGCAAAAGUGACCCAUGAUUUCAUAAGAAUAAAUGCAUUAUCAUUAAUUUGCAGGGCUCAUCAAUUGGUGCAUGAAGGAUAUAAAUAUAUGUUUGAUGAUAAACUUGUCACAGUUUGGUCAGCCCCUAACUAUUGUUAUAGAUGUGGAAAUAUUGCAAGUAUUUUGGAGUUCAGUACACCAGAUAAGGCUGAGCCUAAGUUGUUUCAUGCAGUUCCAGAUACUGAAAGGGUUAUACCAAGCAGAAAUGUUACACCAUACUUCUUGUAAUCUAAUCGAAAAUAUAUUUUAAUUGUCUUUUA